CGUCCGGAGCCCGGCUCGCUGGGGCAGCAUGGCGGGGUCGCCACUGCUCGGCGGGCCGCGGGCCGGGGGCGUCGGUCUUCUGGUCCUGCUGCUGCUGGGCUUACUUCGGCCGCCCGCCGCUCUCUGCGCACGGCCGGUAAAGGAGCCCCGCGGCCUGGGCGCAGCCUCGGCGCCCUUGGGUGAGGCCGGGGUCCCCAGGCGCUUCAGGCGGGCAGCGGCUCGGGGCGAGGCGGCGGAGGCAGUGCAGGAGCUGGCACGGGCGCUGGCGCACCUGCUGGAGGCCGAACGGCAGGAGCGGGCGCGGGCCGAGGCGCAGGAGGCCGAGGACCAGCAGGCGCGCGUCCUGGCCCAGCUGCUGCGCGUCUGGGGCGCUCCCCGCACCACCGACCCCGGCCCCGGGCCUUGGAGGACGAUCCCGGACGCGCCCGCCGCGAAGGUGGCCCGCGGCCCUGCUCCGCGGCGCGCCUGGAUCCCCGCGUCCUCGCCGGCCCAGCUGGUCCCAGCUCUUGUCCCUGGCCGGGGUACUCGACCCCGCCCCCCAAUCUACGAUGAUGGCCCCGCGGGCCCCGAGGCGGAGGACGCCGGUGACGACACGUCUGAUGUGGACCCCCAGCACACCAUCCACAACAUCCCCUUCAGAACUGUAUUGCCUAGUUCUGAAGAUACUGGGAGUUGGUGUUGGUAG